AGCGGCGCGGCGGGGCCGGGCAGGGGGUGCGAGGCGGCAAUGGGCGGCGGGUGCGGGGACGGGCCGGGGCGGUUGUAACCGGUGAAGGGGGCGGUUGCUGAGUGUGGGAGGGAGCAAAGGGGUGGGGGGGUUAAGGUUCUCUCUUCGGGUUCGCUGCCUGCUGAUGGCCCCGCCGGCGACGCCCGGUGCCUCGGCGGCCCCGCCGGGCGGUUGCUCCCCCUCGCAGGGCUGUCUCCUGAGAGGCCGGAGGGCGGUCGGCCUGGACCGUGCCUCGGCCUGGUGGUCGGGGGGUGAAGCGUGUCGGCGCCGGAGCGCGGCCCGGGUUAAACCGGCCGGCUGUGGGGCUUCGCGUUUGCAGCGGGGCGAGGGCUUUUCGUACGGUCACUUACCCCGGCGCUGCCUGUGCCCCUGUGCGGGAUUGAUGCUGGUGGGGCACGGUGCUGUUGGCCUGAAGGCCUUUGAAGUCCCUUACUUUUUAAUAUUUUUUUCUUAAUUAGUGAUGCUGGGAGAUUUCCGUGAAAUAAUUUCAAAGUGAAAUGAUGAGCUUAACGAUUUGCUUUGCUUUCUACUUCUAGAUUACUUUUUGUGAGCUGGUGGUGACGAAGAAACUGAAUGAAUGGAACAGUUAGGGCAGAUAGGAAGUUUGCAUUUCAUGCUCUCUGCUUACCACAAGACACAAGCAACACUGUGUCUCUGAAGUGACCUGGAAUCAUUGGAGUUGUGUGUCUGGAGAGGCUCUGAGGACCUCUGAAGCAGCAAGGGCGCAAUGAUGGAUAACCGUUUUGCUACAGCGCUAGUAAUUGCUUGUGUUCUCAGCCUCAUCUCCACCAUCUAUAUGGCAGCUUCCAUUGGCACCGACUUUUGGUACGAAUACCACACCCUGUCCCCAGCUGAGAAUGUUAGUGAAGCUGGUAGGAGCAUCUGGGAGGAAUUUGUCAGCGAAGAGGCAGAUGAGAAGACCUACACAGAUGCGCUCUUCCGGUGCAACGGCACGGUUGGAUUGUGGCGGAGGUGUAUCACUGUACCCAAAAACUCUCACUGGUACAGCCCACCAGAAACCGAUAUGACUACAAACUGCAUCAGUUUUUCCCUCUCUGAUCAGUUUAUGGAAAAGUACAUAGAGCCUGGAAAUCACAAUAGUGGCACGGAUUUGAAUCGGACUUAUCUGUGGCGAUUGCAGUUUCUUCUGCCCUUUGUCAGCCUGGGCCUCAUGUGCUUUGGGGCUCUGAUUGGGCUCUGUGCUUGUGCCUGUCGCAGCCUUUACCCAGCCAUUGCCACUGGAGUCCUCCAUUUCCUAGCAGGGCUUUGUACGCUGGGCCUGGUUGGCUGCUAUGUAGCUGGGAUUGAGCUGCUCCAUAAGAAGCUGCCCCUGCCUGACGACGUGAGGGGUGAUUUCGGCUGGUCCUUCUGCCUAGCCUGUGUCUCGGCACCUUUGCAGUUUAUGGCAGCUGCUCUUUUCAUCUGGGCGGCUCGCACCAACAGAAGGGAAUUCACUCUCUUGAAAGCGUACCGUGUAGCAUAAGUGCUGCUACCGAAGUAUUGGGUUUCCAUGUUACAGCCUCUUCUCCUCCCAACCCUUACUACCUUUUUCUUUUAGUCAGAAUUUUACCUUAUACUGCAUGCUUCUUGCCAGUUGAGACAAUUUAGCCUGCAGACCCUGAAGACAAAAGACCUCUGGGCUAAAUGACCAAACUCUGCCAGAAGUCCGCAGAACUUGAACAGGUUUUUAAAUUGUUUUUUUUUUAAGAAUUUAAUAUUAUUGGUUUUUAAGCUUCAUUUGGUUGUUGAAUAUCCCCUUGGUUAGGUGUACAUGCCCCUUCAUAAUUUUAUUACCCUGUCAGCCUGGAGGAAAUAGGAGUGGUGGUGUGGGGUGGAAGAGGGAUAGGAAAAGAAAAGAUGCAGGUAGGCAAGAAUGGGAACCUAAGUGCACAAAUAAUAAAUAAUUGGGAGCUGUCUGCUGUGUGACCCAAGCAGACAGUACCUACAGAGAGCAUGCAAGAGACGUGGGGCAACUCAGAAACCUCUGUUACAGAAAUACUGUAGCUAAAUCAGUCCCAUAGCUUCGCUUUGGGUCUCUUAUUCUUACUAGUUUCCUACUUUUUGUGGCUUCUGCCAACAUUGAUGCAGGCAGAGCAGCUGGCUGUGGGAGUACCUGUACAGCACACCAGCCUGAACGCAGACUCUGCGCUCGCCUUUGCUGAGGAGUGGGAUAAGUUGGCCCAUUUGGAGCUUUGUGCUGCUCUAGCUACGCUGCUUCCAGAACCCAGGCUAGGUUUGGUAUCUGCACUAUGUCUGAUUGUGCACUCUAAUCUUAAGUUGUGGUGCUUUUUGCUUGCUGUGAAAUAAGGCUUUCCUCUCUCUUGCAUUGAAAACAACCCUUCGCAAGUUUUUUGGUUUUAAUUUGGUUUAGUGUUAUGUGUGUAUAUGUACAUAUAUGUACUUAACUUUUUUUAAAGCUCACCUAUUUAUCCUAUAUAGCACACAACAGGGUUUUUUUAAAAGGUGCUGCUCUUUUCCCAUCUUGCCCCAAACCUAUUGUUUAAAUGAAAUAAUAAUAAUAAAAAAACCUCAGAAAUUCUCAGCGUUGCAUGAAUCUGAUGGGAGGGUGAGAGAAUGGUCCAAAGUGAAUUUUACUUGGGGAAAGAAAAGCCAAUGUCUAGAUUGUUCUCUGUUUUCAGGGAAAUGUCACCAGAAACAAAGAUGUUUGGUUAGAUUUUUUUUUUAAUUAACUUCUUGUGCUCCUGCUAACUUUAAAUUUUCUCCUGCUCAUCACUGAGGGGGCGCAACACCCCAUAAUUUCUAAUUAGUUCACAACUUCUGCACAUAUUUCUUCUAAAUCACUGCAACUCUACCCAGACUGGAUGGCAUGUCUGAUCUCAAAAAAACAACGUUCCAAGACUAAAUUGUUUAAUUCUGAGGCCUUAACUGUCCUCAUUUCCUUACUCCAUGCUUAAUUGUGUUGGGUUUGUGUGGCAAGGUUUUUGGUAGCGGGGGGGCUACAGGGGUGGCUUCUGUGAGAAGCUGCUAGAAGUUUCCCCCAUGUCCAACAGAGCCGAUGCCAGCCAGCUCCAAGAUGGACCCACUGUUGACUAAGGCUGAGCCCAUCGGCCAUGGUGGUAGCGCCUCUGGGAUAAUGUAUUUAAUGGGGGGGGAAGCACGAGGAGGAAUUGCAGCCAGAGAGCGGGUUGAGAAUAUGUGAGAGGAACAGCCGUGCAGACACCAAGGUCAGUGAAGAAGGAGGAGGAGGAGGUGCUUCAGGCGCAGGAGCAGAGAUUCCGCUCCGGCCCCUGGAGAACCCCAUGGUGGAGCAGGUGGAUGCCUAAGGGAGACUGUGACCCUGUGGGAAGCCUGCACUGCAGCAAGCUCCUGCAGGACCUGUGGCCCUGUGGAGAGAGGAGCCCACACUGGAGCAGGUUUGCUAGAAGGACUUGUGACUCCGUGGGGGACCCAUGCUGGAGCAGUUUGUGAAGAACUGCAGCCCGUGGGAAGGACUCACAUUGGAGAAGUUGGUGGAGGACUGUCUCCUGUGGGAGGGACCGCAUGCUGGAGCAAGGGAAGAGUGUGAGGAGUCCUCCCCCUGAGGAGGAAGCAGUGGCAGAGACACCGUGUGAUCAACUGACUGCAACCCGCAUUCCCCAUCCCUCUGUGCUGCUGGUGGGGAGAGGGGAGAGAAUUCAGGAGUGAAGUUAAGCCCAGGAAGAAGGGAGGGAUGGGGGGAUGGGGUUUUUAAGAUUAGGGGUUUUUUUCUCAUUACCCUAUUCUGAUUUGAUUGGUAAUAAAUUAAUUUUCCUGA